AUGAAAUUAUACCAUUCUCAAUUAGCUGUUGAAAGUCUCGAUGACAAACAUGGAAUAAGACCUUUAUGUGACAGAACUCUUUCCAUUGAGGGCCAUUGUGAUAAGGUGCUUUCUUACUUAGAUUUAGAGAGACAAACUGGUGACUAG